AUGACUUCUCCAUUUGUUUUAGUGAAGAUUCUAAAACUUUAUCAAAAAGAAUAUUAUGAUGAAUACGUUUUACCUUUAUUACGUAAGCCAAAAAUAACAUUUGAUAUCAAACUUGAUGACUCGUUUUUGAUAACAGAUAUUAGACGCAAGGCUGAAAAUCAUCAGUAUAAAAACAGUUCUGAAGUAAUUGAGGAUUUAUCACGUGUAAUCCGUUUUGUAGAUUGUGGAAAUAAAUAUUUCAUUCAAAAGGACUAUAAUAUCCACGACAAAAUGAAUCAAAUAUCAUUCGUUCUUCAGUCAAACAUGAAAGAGUCACUCAAAAUGAUUAAAUUAUUUAAAGAAGAAGGUAAAACAAUAACAGCAUGGGAUGUACUACUAAAUCAAUUAUCCUCAUUAACCGUUAAGGGUGUUUGCUUUAAAUCUGAUUCUCCAGAUGUUUUCUCAACGUUUCAAGGUUAUAAAUACAUCGUUCUCGAAAAGCCUGAUUACUCAAAAAUUGAGAUGUUUAUGGAUUUCAUUAAAGAAGCCAUUUGUGAUAAUAACGAUGAAGUGUAUAAAUAUCUUCUUGGUUGGAUUGCAUCAAUGAUUCAACAUCCUGGAAUCAAGAAUGAAACAGCAAUUAUUUUGAAAGGACUUCAGGGAACAGGUAAAAACAGAUUUACAGACAUUAUUUCUGAACUUCUCGCUGGUUAUUCAUGUAAAAACAUUACUGAAAUAAGUGAGCUAACGGGUAAUUUCAACUCAGUAGUUGAAAAUAAAAUGUUUCUUGUACUUAAUGAACUCAAGAAUGUUGGUGAAGACAGACUUGCAAACUUCAACGCUUUGAAAUCAAUUAUAACGGAUAAUGAGAUUAGAAUUAAUGAAAAGAAUCAACCCAGAAGAACUGCUCAGAACGUUGCAAACUUCAUUUUCGUAACUAAUAACGUCUACCCUGUCAAAAUUGAAGUUGGAGACAGAAGAUACGUAGUUUUAAGAGUUAAUGGUAAAUUUAAGGGUCAAUUUGAUUACUUCAAGAAUUUAAUGGAUUCAUGCACUAAGGAAUUUUAUGAUAAUUUACUGACGUAUUUUAUGCAAUAUGACCUUUCAUCAUUUAAUGUACGAAUCAUACCGAUGACUGAAGCCAAACAAGAUUUAAUUGAAUUAUCAACAAAUCCUUUAGAUGUAUGGAUAAAUACACAUUAUGAUGAAUUGUGUGCAGGUGUGACGUGUAAAAAUGCUCUAUUCUGCAAACCAUCAGGCAUGAAAGACAAAAACUUUCAAAUGAGCAUUAAGGAUAAAUGUGAUAGGAAACAAAGAAAAAUAGAUGGUAAACAAACAUGGUAUUAUGUUUUGAAAGAAGAAAUGAAAGGAUUAUAUAAACAGGUUGAACCAAACGAUAAUGAUGAUUCAUUUACUGACGAUGAAAUACCUGUAAAUGAAGCUUUAUAA